CUAUAACUUGAGCUUGACUGUCAGUGUUGACUGGUGUUGACUCUUCCUUCCUGGUGUUGACUGUUGUCAACAAGUUGUCAAGUUAGUCAAGUCCGUCAAGUCGGUUGACGUUUUGUUUCAAAUAAUGGCAGCCGGCCCAAUUGCAGAAAGAAAUCAAGAUGCGACAAUAUAUGUCGGUGGGUUGGACGACAAAGUCUCCGAGUCUCUCAUGUGGGAACUUUUCGUUCAGGCCGGUCCUGUCGUCAAUGUACACAUGCCAAAGGAUCGAGUAACACAAAUGCAUCAAGGUUAUGGCUUUGUCGAAUUUAUGGGCGAGGAGGAUGCCGAUUAUGCCAUUAAGAUAAUGAACAUGAUUAAAUUAUAUGGGAAACCUAUUAGAGUUAAUAAGGCUUCGGCUCAUCAGAAGAAUCUCGACGUGGGGGCAAAUAUUUUCAUUGGAAAUCUAGAUCCCGAAGUCGAUGAGAAAUUACUUUAUGACACAUUCAGUGCUUUCGGUGUUAUACUCCAAACACCAAAGAUUAUGAGAGAUCCAGAGACGGGAAAUUCGAAGGGUUUUGCCUUCAUCAACUUCGCAUCUUUCGACGCCUCAGAUGCGUCCAUUGAAGCCAUGAACGGCCAGUACCUGUGCAAUCGUCCAAUUUCGGUGUCCUAUGCAUUCAAACGUGAUGCUAAGGGCGAAAGACACGGAAGUGCCGCGGAGAGAUUAUUGGCAGCACAGAAUCCACUGAGUCAAGCGGACAGACCUCAUCAGUUGUUCGCCGACGCACCGCCAUUGGCACCGCCGCCAAUGCCAGUUCACCAUCAUCACCAUCAUCACCAAGUACCACCUCAGCAUCCUCAGCAUCACAUGAUGCACCAUCAUCACGGCAUGGUGGUUCCACCGCCGCCACCUCCGAGCACUCCGAUUCCACCCAUGGGACAUCCGCCGCCGCCACCAGUUCCUCCUCCCCCGUCCUCACAAUUCCCAUCUGCAAUUCCACCGCCGCCCCUGCCUCCCAUGAACAUGUCCCAUCCCCCACUGCCGCCAGGCAUGCCACCACCAUUGCCGCCAAUGCCAAUUCCCGGAGGGCAAAAUCAAAAUGCUCCAAGAAUGAUGCCACCACCGCCACCGUGGAACAUGGGCGCUCCUCAGGGGCAGUUUCCUCAGUUCCAGCCACCACCCCCAAGGCCACCACCUGGCUGGAGACCACCACCACCUCCCGUAUCGCAAAAUGCCCCACCACCUCCUCCUACAUUCAGACCUCCAUUCCCACCAAGAGGACCUCCACCUCCCCCACCACCUCACGACGGAACACUAUUCUAAUCCUACACUGAGAGACCUUUAGGUCAGCAGCAGACUUUCGAUAGGCUGCU